GGCAAGCCUUUGAGACUGGAACGCUGAAAUCUUAUAACAUCAGAUAGGUGAAACAGACAGUCGACAAAAUCCACUUAGCACUGGGAACGGAACGGCUAAAGGACACUUUUUCUCUCUCCAGGUCUCCAUCAGUUGGCAUCCAAGGAAUGUGCGGCAUGAUUUCAUCGAGUUUUAUUCUUUUACUUGGAUCUGUUUUGACGUUUGCCGAGGAUGCAGGUGCCGACUCUCCGCCAAUGCAUGAUUCUGGCCUGCUCUCGCCGCCGCCGCCGCCGCAUUCUGCUGCGCUGCAACAAGGGGAUGUAGUCAACCCUCCGCCUGACGGGCUAGCGCGCGAUGCUUACAUGUUGUCGGAUGACCAGGGCCUAGAGCGCCUGCUCAGCAGUGAUUCCUCUAAUGCGGACUCUAGCCAGCCUUAUACACAACUUCUUGAUGAUGAACUGCUACAGAGAAUUAAGCAAUUGGUUCAACAGGAACAGAAAAGACUAGCAUGGAAUAGGAGAUCUUAUGCCCCAAUGUUUGUUGGGAAAAAAUCAGCGCCUUUAUUUAUAGGAAAGAAAUCAGCACCUUAUUUUGUUGGAAAGAAGUCUGCUCCUUAUUUUGUCGGCAAAAGAGCCGUCCCUUACUUUGUCGGCAAAAGAGCCGUCCCUUACUUUGUUGGAAAGAAAUCAGCUCCAUACUUUGUCGGCAAAAAGGCCGCACCGUACUUUGUGGGAAAGAAAUCUGCACCUUACUUUGUGGGCAAAAAGGCCGCUCCUUAUUUUGUUGGCAAAAAAGCUGCACCUUAUUUUGUUGGCAAAAAAGCUGCACCUUACUUUGUUGGCAAAAAAGCUGCCCCUUACUUUGUUGGCAAAAAGGCUGUUCCUUACUUUGUGGGCAAAAAGGCUGUUCCUUACUUUGUGGGAAAACGAGCUGUUCCUUACUUUGUGGGCAAAAAGGCCGCUCCAAUGUUUGUGGGAAAGAAAUCUGUUCCGAUGUUUGUUGGGAAGAAAUCAGCACCUAUGUUUGUUGGCAAAAAGGCUGCCCCGAUGUUCGUUGGCAAGCGGCGUUUAGCGGAUAUUCUCGACAACCUAUCCGGUUCCAAUAUGCAAGAACUGUCUGUAAGUCCUUUAGCCCGCAUCCCUUCCAAAGAAGAUUCUUACCGCGCAAUUCCCGUAAAACGGUCCUCUGAUUACCCCCAAAAUGCAGAAAAUGAAUUCUUGAAACGAAACAUGUACCCUGCCCCCUACUUCAUCGGCAAACGGUAUGAUAUCCCCCGUUUCAUUGGAAAAAGACAGCAGGAAACGUUGAAAGAUUUGCUUAGCGCUUUUCACUAUUACGAAGCUGCUAGACAGUAUCGGCGAUUAGUUCAGGCAGAAAAGCGUUUUGAGGCCCCUCUUUUUGUGGGUCGGAGAAGUUCCCCAUCACAAGGACAAGAUCGGCCAGACCCCAAGGCCUUUAGACCCUCUUCGGCUAACCUGGCUUCAGCCCUUAUCCAGCGAAACUUAGACCUACAUAGUUUUGAGGGGCCAUCGGCAGGGGCUGAAAACAGCCAAUGGGAUUUCCAGGACACGGAACCACGUGACCCCCGCCUUCUGGCCGCUCCUCAGGCCUUUGGUUUCCUGGGAAAACCGGAAGGGGAUGCCCCUUUGUCUAAGAGAUAUGCAGAGUUUCUCGGGAAACGAGUUUUUGACAAACGAUUCUCCGAGUUUCUUGGCAAAAGAGACAUGGCUACUUCUGACUUAUUGAGGCAGAAUAUGGACAACCGCCUAUCCGCUUUAUUGAACAAGAGAUUAAGAUAUAGAAUUCCCGAGUUUGUGGGAAAGAGGGCUCGGUCCCAGCAAUCUGGUUUCUAUGAGUUUGUCGGGAAGUAAACCAUCUACCACAAAUGAUCAUUAUUGCUCAAAUAUGGACAAAGGUAGCACGACGUGUAGGAAACCUUUGUCCUGUAUAACGCCUUACACUAUGGUAUGUGAAAUGAACAAUAUGUGAAGUAAAUGUUACAUCAAAUUGUUGACUCAACCGUUAUUUUACUAAUGUACCAGAAAGAUAUUGCCCCUGUCGUCGGACGGUCUAAGAUUAUCCAGAGCAUUUUCAUGUCCCUUCAUCUAUCAUUGAUGCUAUGACAGCAUUAUCGGAAUCCCGACAUGAUAUCCCUGGCGGUCCUUCCUAUGUUUUGAACAAUGUCACGACUCUUGCAUAUUGUGUAACAUAUCAAUAAAAUACGCGUGUCCAGCA